AUGGGUGAAUACAUCGAGCCCAGUGCGACCCCUUGGGUCAGCGAAGAGUUGAAGCCACAGGAUGUUGGCUGGUCCGACUGUAUGGCCCUACCAAUGCUGCCGGAUAUAAGACACGAGGAACUUUUCGCGCUGGCUUGGAUCCUCCUUCUCUUUCGGGGAACAGUGAGCAGUGAAGAUGGAGGCUUUUCUUGGGUAAGCGAGGGCAGUCUCCAAGGAGGUCUCAUCUCCGAUGUGAUUGAGGGGGAAGACAGCUCGCUGAGAACUGCCUUGGAUGCAAUUCGAAGGCGGGGCAAAUUCGACGGAGAAUUUUCGGAUACACUCUUAUGUCGAAAUGCCUCCCUUGAGAGUAAAUGGACAUUUGCUCUGGAAGCAAAGCUCUCGGAUGGUGUUGUGUAUGUUCGCGGGACUCCGCGGUCCCCGACAGCCACGCAGCCUGUCGAAGCCAUCCUACCUGAUAUCUUCGCCGACCUCAUUAUUUCUAUCGCCAGUGACCUCGAUAAGCCCGUGGCUAAGGCCAUUCGGAUUGGACGGCGAGAGCUGUCACAGUUAUGGAAGUGGAACGGGCUAAUGGCCCCAACUAUCGAUCAUUGCAUCCAAGAUAUAAUCAGUGAAAAAGCUCAAAGUCAACUCGAUCGUCCUGCAGUCGUAUCUUGGGAUGGAGAGAUGACCUAUGGACAGCUAGAAGAGCGCUCAACAAACCUAGCCAGAUAUCUAGUUGAUCUCGGACUGCAAAUUGGCAAGGCUGUUCCACUGUGCUUUGAAAAGUCCAUGUGGACAAUUGUCGGUGUCCUCGCAGUGAUGAAGGCUGGCGGUGCAUUGGUUCUCAUGGAUCCUAGUCAGCCCGAGGGACGACUGAGCACUAUCGCUAGCGAGGUUGAGGCUGAGUUUAUCUUGACCUCGGAGUUGCAGGCGGAACUAGGAUCGCGCAUUGUCCCAGGAGGAAAGCAAGUUAUUGUUGGCCCGCUGGUCGACGAAGACAAAUUGAAAUCACUCUCGGUAGACCUACCUGUGGUCCCAGCGUCGUCAACCCUUUACAUCCAGUUCACCUCCGGUAGUACUGGCAAGCCUAAGGGUGUAGUCAUUUCUCACUCCAACUACACUAGUGGUGCAGUACCUCGCGCCGCAGCUGUGGGAUACAAAGAGCACUCGCGAGUGCUCGACUUCCCCUCGUAUGCAUUCGAUGUCAGUGUUGACUGCAUGCUGUGCACUUUGGCCAACGGAGGCUGCAUUUGUGUGCCCUCAGAAGACCAACGAGUCAACGACCUCAGCGACGCCAUUCGCGGAUUGAAUGUAAACAUGGCGCACAUGACACCAUCGGUUGCACGUGUCUUGGCUCCUGAUAUCAUGCCAUCGCUGGAGGUCAUUGGCCUUGGUGGUGAGUCAAUCUCUGCUAGCGAUGCGGCCGAAUGGGGUCAGAAGACGAAGGUCGUGAUCGCAUAUGGACCAUCGGAGUGCACUGUUGGUUGCACAAUCAACAACGACAUCCCUCCCGGUCGAUCGUACACCAGUAUCGGACAGGGAGUCGGAGGCACAACAUGGGUGGUAGAUCCAUCCAACCACGACCGAUUGAUGCCCAUCGGCGCCGUAGGAGAACUGCUUGUCGAAGGCCCCGUGGUCGGUGAUGGAUACCUCAAUAAUCCAGAGAAAACCGCCGAGGUUUUCAUCGAGGACCCGGCAUGGUUGCUUGAGGGUGGGGGAGAUGUGCCAGGUCGCAAGGGUCGUCUCUACAAGACCGGUGACCUGGUAAGAUAUGACCCUGAUGCCUCAGGCAGUGUUGUUUUCAUCGGCCGUGCCGAUCAACAGGUGAAACUGCGCGGCCAGCGCGUGGAACUGGGCGAAAUCGAGCACCACGUCCGAAAUUACUUCCCCGCUGGAGCAAGUGUCGCAGCGGAAGUGAUCUUUCCUGGGGGGAAGAAAGCCGAUGCCACAUUGAUUGUCUUUGUGGCAGAGGAAAAGAGUGAUAAGACGGGCACAAUCAGCGAGAUCAUCUCAUUUUCAAGUUCAUUCCAAAAGCUGAUCGCUGGUAUUGACGAUGUUCUCGCCUCAAACCUGCCCCGGUAUAUGAUCCCCACCGCAUAUAUACCACUCAAUCACAUGCCACUUUUAGUGUCGCUCAAGACAGACCGGAAGCAGCUGCGUGCUCUCGGGAACGGCCUGACAAGGCGACAUAUUGCAGAGCUUAGAUUGUCCACAGUUGUCAAAUUAACACCCCGGACAGAGAUGGAGCGCAAGCUCCACGGCCUAUGGUUGAAGAUAUUUGGUGAUGAGGCAGAGAUCGGGGUCAACGACCACUUCUUCAGCCUCGGAGGUGACUCAUUGAAAGCCAUGAAGUUGGUAGCUGCUGCGCGAGAGCAGCUUCUUGCUAUUCAAGUCACUGAUAUUUUCCAAUCGCCUAUUCUUGAGCAUCUAGCCCUCAAAGUGAAACAGGUUGAGAACAAAGCUCCAGUGGAGGUUCCCCCAUUUUCGCUACUUCCAGCACACUGGGAAGCCGACGCUGCGCGGGUUGAAGUGGCUUCGCUGUGCAACUUGCAUCCUGAAGAGGUGGCUGAUGUAUAUCCCUGCACACCUCUCCAAGAAGCCCUCAUGGCUCUCUCCGCGAAGUAUACAGAUGCCUAUGUUGCGCAGAGAGUCAUUGAGCUCCAGGAUGUUCAAACCGCCACACGACUACAGUCUGCUUUCGAGAGUGUCUCGGUAGACUCCGCGAUCCUACGAACAAGGAUUGUCCAAGUCCCACGCCGGGGUUUGAUGCAGACCGUCGUACGGACCAACACUCCAUGGCUCAGUAGCUCCAACUUGGCGGAGUAUCUCAGUAGCGAUACACUCAAGGGGAUGUCUCUGGGAACUGAGCUUGCUCGUUUCGCCAUUGUGGACGAUGAAGCGACCGGCAAAAUCUACAUCGUCCUGAGCAUUCACCAUGCCCUUUAUGAUGGGUGGUCAAUGCCAUUGAUAGUUGACCGAGUGAAUCGCGCCUAUCGUGGUGAGAGUAUCGGCAGCCCAGCACCGUUCAAGAACUUCAUCAGAUGGCUUAAUGACACUGAUCGAGCCUCCACAGAGACAUAUUGGGCAACUCAACUCGAGGGCGCUACCGCGUUACAAUUCCCUCUCAUUCCAUAUACUGGGUAUCAAGCGCGUGCGGAUUCUCUACUGGAACAUUACGUCAAGCUGCCUCGGGCUUCGUCGAGCUCCACAACGAGCAUUGCAACCCUUAUUCGAGGUGCUUGGAGUCUUUUAGCCGCGUACUACACAUCCUCUGAUGACGUCGUGUUUGGAGAGACUAUGACCGGUCGCACAGCUCCCGUGGCAGCAGUAGAGGAGAUCGAUGGCCCAAUGAUCACCACUGUCCCGGUUCGAGUCUGUAUCGAUCGCAAGGCUCGAGCAUCAAGCUAUCUUCAGCAGAUUCAUGAUCAAACGGUAGAUCGCAUUCCUCACGAACACAUGGGUCUGCAGCACAUUCGACGUUUGAACGCCGAUGCUCGAGAGGCGUGUGAAUUACGCACAGGCAUUGUAAUUCACCCAACGGUCGAGGAGAGCGUAUCCUCUUCGGAAGAAGAACCAGCCACCGCAUUUGUUCCAACCAGCGAGGCAGAGGCCGCCCGUGAAGCGUUGAAAUUCAAUUCAUACGCCCUUAUGCUCGUCUUCACCGUUGAUCCAAAAGGGUUCCUUGUCAUGGCCAGCUUCGACUCGAAAACCAUAGAUGUCCCGCAGAUGGAGCAAGCGCUCGAACAGUUUGAUCGGCUGGUGCAGCAGAUCCUCGAGGAUCCGACUCAGCGAAUCCAGCACAUUUACGAUUCGACAAUUGAGACAGAUGUUCCAGAACAAUGCCGUCUCGCCAAGAUUGGCCCGGCGAGCCUCCCUGCGGGGGAUCUUUACUCACCUGUCACAUCAACUUGGAUUGUUAAUCCAAAUGAUCAUGAGUCUCUUGUUCCACCUGGUGGGGUGGGUGAGCUGCUCGUUGAAAGCGAAGAUGAACUGGCUUCCGGCAACCCAGUUGCCAAUCCAUCCUGGUUCAAGCAGCCAACAAAGCUGUACACGACAAACCAGCUCGGGAAAUAUACCAGUGACGGCUCUGUGAUUAUUAUUCGCGCAAAGGACGCGCAAGUCGGUCAACUCAAACCCCGAAACAGAAACCUUAAUGGUCGUGCAGCCAUCACGACGGUCACGCAGCAAAAGCUCCAACGGGUCUGGAGCCAGGUCUUGGACAUUCCCUGCGAGGAUAUCCUUUUGGAUGACAGCUUCUUCGAUUUGGGAGGUGACUCCAUUCGUGCUAUGAAGCUGGUCUCGGAGGCUCGUAUGGAUGGCCUUGAGCUAACUGUAACCAUAAUCUUCGAUCACCGGUCUCUCUUUGACAUGGCCGAACACGCAGUGGAAGCUCAACCAUCAGUUGUUACAUCGCGGGAAUACGCGCCAUUCAGCUCACUAGAUCUGACCGAUGUGGACGCCUUCAUCAGCAAGAUGACCCCAUUGCUUGCCCAGCCCGAGUGGAAGAUUGUGGAUGCCUAUCCAAGUCGCCCGCUCCAGGAAAUUGCCGUCCAGGGAACUGUCCAGCUGCCUCGUUAUUCCAUGCGAUACGAACUUUUCUACAUGGAUACCGUGGUGGAUCGCACUCAACUGUUCCAAAGCUGCCAGGAACUUGUCUCUCGGAAUGAGAUCCUUCGAACUGUGUUCGUGGAGCAUGAGGGUAUCUCGUUGGGAGUGGUUGUCGAUGACCUUCCCUGCCAGAUAAUUGAAUAUGAGAUUGAAAGUGACGUGGAGGCGUUCAGCCAGAAACUCUGCGAUGUGGAUGUUCAGUCACGCAUUCCCCUCGGAUCACCAUUUUUGAAAUUUCUCUUCGUUCGGCAUGUUGACGGGCCCAGCAGCCUGAUCAUGCGCAUCUCUCAUGCCCAGUAUGAUGAGAUCUGUCUUCCAAUUUUGCUGCAGCAGCUAUCGGCAUUGUACGAGGGACGACCAGUGCCGAAGAGUCUGCCAUUCUCGUCGUAUGUCGGCCACGUGACUCGCACUAAUCUGCCAGUCAGCAUUCCGUACUGGCGUGAUCUCCUUCAAGGAUCGUCUAUGACACGGAUCCAACCCGAUAUCCCUGUGGUGUCUGCAGCUCAUUUUGCCAUCUCCAAGGAUGUCAAUAUAGCCGCGCGACCACGGGAAAUCACAGUCGCAACCCUACCGACAGCGGCUUGGGCGCUGUGCCUCGCGCGACGACUCUCCCUUGAUGAUGUCACUUUUGGCGAGGUGGUGAGUGGCCGCAACAUUGACCUCCCCAACGCUGACGCGGUUGUUGGACCAUCAUGGCAGUAUGUGCCAGUGCGGGUGAAGUUCGCAGAUGGAUGGAGUGCCAUAGAUCUUUUGCGGUUUGUCCAGCGACAACAUCUCGAGAGCGCGCAAUUCGAAGGAAUCGGUCUUAAGGAAAUUAUCAGAGACUGUACCGACUGGCCGGAGACGGUUGAUUGGUUUGAUUCGGUCGUGCACCAGGAUGUUGAGCAUGUUGAGGGUUUGUCUUUCAUGGCGGCUAGUAGUCGUAUGCAGACCAUCUACCCGCACUUCGAGCCGUUGCGGGAAAUCAAGGUGCAAGCAUUCCCUAAGGGGGAUACGUUGUGCAUCGAAGUUGUCACUGUUGAGUCGUGGUCGGACUUUGCUGUGUCUUUGCUGGAUGAGAUAGUCGACACUGUUGCGCAGUUGGUGAAUCAGGUCCAUUCCAGGAUUUGA